AUGAGUACCACAUCUCCAAACAGCCAAUCGAAUGCGCCUUCACCGAUAUGCUUCGGUACGCUUUGUGAAGUUCGGGCCAAAUCGGCUGGCUCCCUGGACGCCGAGUCGACUCCAAAAUCUAAUGGAAGUCAUCGACUGGUAAUUCGAGACCCGGAUUUCUUCCUGUUCGGUAUUCACGUACACGAUAGCAUUCAGGGUUUCACGGUGCCUGACUCAAACACAUUCGUCAUGAUUGACAUCAUCACGGCGAAGAAGUUGGAAGCUCUCAAGGAACAAGCUGGUGUUUUCACCAAGGCUGUGGUCGAGUCAAAGGCUGUGAAAGGACUCUCCCGAAAGUCGGCAAAGUCGCCAUUCGAAAUAUCUGUGAACAUAUAUGGAUAUGAAUUAGACGCUCGAGAUAUCGGACAACAACUUUCUAAAGUCGGAGCGUUCCUGCAGCACCCAUUCUACCUCGAGGAAGGUGUGGAGUACUUGAACCCGCAGUUCUUUCAUCCACAAGACGGACCAAGGUACAUGACCCAUCUAGUUGGUAUGGACGAGCCCAAAUUCCAAGCAAAGGUAUUCUCAGACGUGGUGGAAGGUGUCUUAUCUUCUCUCGACAAUGGGUUGCCAAACCUAGGUAUCAAUGAUCCAGAAAUCAUUUUAACGGAUGAUCUCAUAACUCCCCUUCAAGAUCACCAAAAGACGGCUUUGUCAUUCAUCCUACGUCGUGAAACCCCCGAAUACUGUCAGCAAGUUGGUAGGGAGCUUCUGUUCCAUACCCGUGUCCCGUAA